UCAUCCAUCCAUCCAUCCAUCCAUCCAUCCAUCCAUCCAUCCAUCAUCCAUCCAUCCAUCCAUCCAUCCAUCCAUUCACUUCCUCUUCACUAAUUCACAGUCACAUGAAAUAUGAUUCCUAUUCAGCACAAAGAACUUCUACAAAAUUUUGGGGUGUAACUGUCACCAACCCAUCAUCAGAGCUGAAAUACACGAGAAAAACUUAAACAAAGCCAAUAGCUGAAUCACACAGGUAUACGUGCUCUGAGCAGCAGUUCCCAUUUGGGUUCAUAGACGGAUAUUUCACUGCAUGUUUCUCCUGUUCUCUCCAUUCUCUGCUUGUCUCCACUGUUUCCAUCCUAGAGGCUUAAAGGAUAAACAUGUGACACAGAGGAGAUUCUGAGUGUUUUCAUCUUAAGUUAAGUUUAAUAAUGAGAAAUGUAUUGUUGGGUUUGGUCAGCAAACACAACUUGUCCUUACAGUGAGCAGCUCUGUGGACUCACACUUUACAACACUCAUGUGCAUUUACAUUAUUUUACUGCUGCUUUUCACACUUUUAGACCUGAACAACAAAAUUCUGGACUCUGCAGUUUUAUGAAAAUGCUGUUUACUGAUAGAUGAAGGAGUUAAACACUGUAGAGGCACUUCAAACUUCGGCCUUCUUCUUGUAGAAGUUGGGAAGUUAAGUUUGUCGAGGUUGAUGAAACCCGUUCAUUACAUAGUUCAUAAGUUGUUCUAAAUGUUGAGCUCGGUGUCGUUUGAGUUGGAUUUCUAGAAAUUAUUGGGCUUUGUGGUGUAAAGAUGGUGGCACCAUAUUUAGUCAUCGGGCCGGUGUUCUGACAAAACGUCCUACUUUGUCAAAACAUCCUACUGUAGCGUAAAUUUAUAGUCAUGUCUAUCAAUCCGUGCUACCUUAUCAGAAUAUACUGCCUUACAUGGUUUAUGCCUCCAUCGUACACAGGACGGUAGGACGUUCUGAUGGCCAAAUCACCUAUCAAAACAUGCUCCCUGCUUGUAUUUAUUUAGGUAGGACAAGGUUUACGCUGUAUGCCAGUUUACAGAAGUUUAGAAGUACUAAAUCGAGACUUGAAAUACGACUUCAAUUGAGACUCCAAAUUGGAGUAUUUUUGCACAAAAAAAUAAACGCAUGUUAGCUUGAAAAGUUAACAAAUUGACAACAGCUUAAAACAAGUAUCAACUGUAAUAAGAAGUAAAACAUGUAAUACUAACCCUUUUUCGCACGCACGAGAUCAAGGUAGGAUCCAAUAAUAGACGUAUACUAUUAACACUGAAAACAUGGGCGUUUUGCAUGUGCAGUAACAACUAGUAGGACAGUUUGAUAGCUAGAGUGCUUUUCAUAACACAGAUCACCUGAAACUAGCACAAGUGAUUGUAAGUUCAUUUUCAGACAUGUGCCAGAUUCACCUACUGAGACAUGAAAAGUCAUUUCUGUAGACUGUCUCCUCUGGAGGAUUACUGACAUGACAGAUUUCUACAUUAAAAACUUUGUCAUAUUUUCUGCACAGUUGUUUUUCUUUUUAAUCACUUCAUGAAAUGAAAGCAGGCUGUGAAGUCGUGUCACUCUGUGACCUGAUUUAAGACCAGUGCUGUUUAACAUGUGCGUUCAUGCUAACGGGGUCAGUGACUUCGCUCACAGUGCAACAUUUGCUGGAUUCAUAAUUAAUAACUCGUCUCUGCUUCGUGUGGAUUUUUCUGUUUGCCUAAAACGUGUUCGGUCACUCACUUUUUGCCAACAAAGCAUCUGCAGAAAAAUCAACACUUUAAUGGAUUUUCAUGCUCUUUUGCGUCUAAUAAAAGCUGACGGCAAGCUGCCAGGCAGAAACUACCCAGAUGUGGUGUCACAGUGUGGCUGAGUAGCCGACUGUGUGACGUAUGAACAGUAGACCCAAGUGCAGACAAAAUGGAACAUGGAACGUAACUUGAGAUAACAAAAAGUGAUCCAUUUGAUAAGGAUGAUAAACAAGGUGCAAACAAAAGGCAAGACAACUGAUGCAAAACAAAACAUUAACCCAAACUGGGAGAACUAAAACCAAGAUGAAGAACCCAGACAUGAACCUGAACAAACCUGGACAUGCAGACAUGGCAAGAAACAACAGACAACCAGGGCCCUGUUUCAGAAAGCCAGUUUAGAAAACUCAGAGUUAAAAAUGAUACUCAGGGUUGAGUAACCCCGAACUGUCCAACUCGGAAUAUUCGGUUUCAGAAAGGCUGAUAACAAUUAGUUCAAUCAACGCGGAGUUGCUUUAACCCCAAGUUAAGCGCGUGCACGAGGAUACAUAAAGCCCUGAUUAGUGGAGCACAGAUUAAGCGAGUCACCAUGGAGACGGAGGGAAAGAAGGCGCGGUCAAUGUAUUUUACAGCGCUUGAGGCCGAAAUUCUGAUGGCAGCAUAUGCCGAUAACAUGCAAAUUUUGCGGAAAAAAGUAACACAGCCUCAGCUGCAAAAGAAAGCGAGCAUGCAUGGCAAAACAUAGCCGACAGAGUCAAUGCGUGAGUGUUAAUUUAAACAUUGAUCUAGGGAUUUCCACCCAUUUAACACGUUAUUAUAUUAUAUUUAAUUUUAGUGUUUAUUUUAUACAUUUUAUUUUGUGAUGUGAUGUGAGCGCAGGUGCAACCCAACAGGCCCCAAACGUUCCUAGCAGCAAGUAAAAAUGAAAUAUAAAAAUAUAGUCCAAACAGCCAACAGAAAAAAAGCGGAGGCCCGAAAAACAGGUGGGGGUCCUCCACCACCACCACUCACAGAGGCUGAGCAGUUGGCCCUCAGCCAAAACAGUGGGCGCCCUGUGGCUGAAGGCAUCUCUGCGGGGACAUCCUCUGAGUCAAUAACCCCGCAAGACACAAGUGCCUACAUAAGAGUUGAUGGUGAUGGUGUACUGCAUCUGGUGCAGCCUCCUGUUGAGCCAGACCAACAUGCAGUUGAAAAUAAUGAAGAAACAUUGACAGCUGUUACAGAGGAGGAAGCAACAGAGACACUUCAUGAGAGUGAUGAUGGAAAUGCAGAGGAAGAGGGUCCAGCCACUUCUCCAACAAACCUUUCCUCACUCCCUGUAAAGCAGCUGUAUAAGAAAUAUUUGAUCAAGAAAAUAGAAAAAUGCGACUUGGAAAUGGAACACUUCAAGCAGCAGAUCCAAAAGACCAAGAUUGAGAUUUUACUGCUGGAACAUCAGUUAAGGGUGGGUGAAGUGGUCAGAGAUGGACGAAUUAUUUCAGUGUUUGAACAACAUAAUAAUAUACUUAUUAAUACUUUGUGUACAGGAAAUACAGGCGACCAAUAAAGCCAGUUGAACAAAAAA